AAGUACUGAGACGCGAAGGUUUCCUCGCGAUGCGUUAUUGCAAAUAAUAUUUCCUAUACGCCCGAACUCUAAGUCUAAAUAAUGCUAUAUAACUUAUUACUGCUCAUCUUCUAAUAAACAACAUAACAGUGAUUCGUGACGUUAAGACAGACGCUAUAAAAUACAAACAGAAUGUGUGAAUUUUUCAGUUAAAAUAACUGAUUUUAAAAUAAAUACGAAAGUAAAGUGCCUCGGUUUGAUCGAUUAGAAGUGACUUAAUACAUAGUUUGAUCCACUGUGCGAUAUGCGAUUGUUUCCGAGCGUCAACUAGGUGUCUUCCACGAUGGAAUUGUAUGCACGAAUAUUUAUCCUAUAUUUACUGUGCGUCGCGCGCGCGUUCGAGGUGCCACAGGAGGAAACAGCCGAGCUCAGAGCGCGACCCUUGGCACACGUCGAAGAUCUGUCGAGAAUCUCAUUGUCAGCACAGGAGAAAAUCGACGGACAAUCUACGGAGAAUCCUCGCGAUAAGAGAGCUCUCAAUCUCCUGCUAUCGGGUCUGGCCCAGAUCUUUGGAUACACGGUGACGCCAAUUCAAUACGCCUCGCUGUCAAACCCGAAUGUCACGGGACCCGACGCCACAACGUCCAAUCCGUCCAGGACGGUGGAUUUGAGACAACAAACCGCAUCUUCUCGACCCACGAAUACCACGGUGCCGAAACAGCAAGAAACCAUCAGAUUCACCGGCGUGCUGAAUUUCGGCAAUAACACGGACAUUGUAGGACAGCUGCAGCGAUACGAGCAGAUCUUUCACAGUCAAAAUAAUACAAUGACGUCGCCGUCUGCAUCGAUGCUCCCUGCGGUGGAUCCGGAGACGGACUCGUCGACGAAACCGCCUCUGUUAGCGCCGUUCUUCGUGAAGAUCCCGUUGCCGAUCGCGCCCGAUCUCAUACCACUCGAUGAGAUUACGAUGCCUGGCGCAGAAAAUCUCGGUCUGUCGUAUCCUUCCCCAGCACUUUCCACUGCGAGUGGCGGAAACGAAAAUACGGAAACGCCGGUUCGGAAAGAGCAGGAGACGGCGUAUAGGAACAACGAGGACGCGGAACGAUACACGGUGCAGGAAAAGGAUACUUACGAUGAGAAAAACGUGAAGAAGCCGGUGAACAAGUAUAAUCAUCAAUUAUACGUCGACGAGCCGAGGAACAAGCAGCAGAAAAACAGGCACGACGAGCGGCAGCGCAAACAGGAGGAACUUAUUAACUUUGCUAUUAAGAAGUUGAAGCAGCAAGAAGAAGAAAAAAAUCGCGAUAAAGCUGUGCAUUACAGUGAAAAAGAAAUGAACGAAAGAUACAGAAACCGCGGGGAGAUCGCUGAUCGAAAUCGAGGUCAUGCAUCUAAGUACGAAUCAACGGAAGAGAGAGAACCAGUGCAUCGUGAUGAGGAAGAUGAAGGCUCCGCGGAAAGAUACGCCGGCCAGGAGAAUCUCCCGAACGAGGCCUCGAGGCAACAGUCAAAGAAGAACGAAAAAGAGGAAAGCGAAGACUAUUCGAAUUAUGAAGAUGAUUCUAAUAAGCAGUUUAAGGGGUACAAGCAGCCUGAGGACAAGUACGUGGAAAUAGGAUACAACCAGCAGCAGUUGCCCAUCGGCGACUACUUGAUCCACAAGGGUAAUCCCGAAGUGAUUCGCGACAGCUACGGCGAGGUAUUGGACAACAAGAAACUGGAAGACGAUAGAAUCGCCGGUUACAUAAGCAUGUUCAAGCACCCGUACGUUCAAGCUGACGCGUACGAUUCGCAAAGGGUCCACAACUCCGAGGAAGCGUCGAGGGAAAAGAAUGAAAAGGAGACAUCUGCCGAGGACGACGGUUACGACGAGCAUUUGAUUAGGCUGCAGAAGCUCAGGGAAGAGUACGCCUUGCCGGAGAAUAAGUACGAAGAAUACGAAUUAAAUGACGAAAAUGAAGCGGAUAGAAAUGAUAGAGGGAGCGAGAGAAUCCAAAAUAAUGCGCCGGCGAGAAAACCUAAUACGGGACGCGGUAAGGAGGAUGAUCGCGCGAGAAGGCCGACUGGAUCGAAUCGCGAUGCUGUCGCGGGACUGGAGAACGCGAAGUCGCGGAAAGAAGUCGAUUUCACGGGAUACGUGCCUCUAGUCGUGCCGGUACGCUAUAUCGAUGCGAACGACAAGGUGCAACAAGCGACUACGCGACAGUUGAGCUACAAAGAGGUGAAUAAAUUACCGGACAGCCGAUUCAGUGAAGAUAAUAACGCGGGUCCCGCGCAAACGGUCCUCAGAGAGGAGCUGAUUCCGCAGAUCGGUUUGCCCGAAAGACCACGGCAAUUGCACGAAGGCGAGCACAAAGAGCUGCAGGUGUGGCCGCCGCCUUUCGACUACGCCUUCGACAACACGGAACCGGCGAACAAUGUCGUGCCGCCAAAUUCGCAAAACUAUGCCCCGAAUUAUUACCAACACGUCGUAAAAGGGAUCGCGGCACAAGACGCGAAUGACAAGUCUUCGGAGCAGCCUUCCGGUUAUCUCGUAGUCGUUGGUAAUCCGACGUAUCCGUAUCGGUAUCCCCAUAAUAUUUAUUAUUUCUCCAACGAAGCUAAUUCGCGAGAUCAAGUUCCUCAUGCCGAAGUUACGCGUCCGCAAGAGAGUCCGCGAGUUCACGUUGCUCAACAAAGCGCAAGUCAACAGAUCGUCCAUGCGAGACCUAACGUCACCCGCGUGUACAAUGUGAAUGAGACGAACAGUCCUCGCGACUAUUACUACCAGGAAAUCCCAGCGAGUGUUCUCGAUCAUUACAGAUACACUUUCGGAGAACGCGCUACUCAAGCCGAGGAACCGUUUGAUAUUGACAUAAGAAGUCAUAUUCCUAACACGGAAAAUUGGUCAAAUAGAAUAUAUAGGCCGCAUUCGCCAAGCAAUGCAGCCGAGCAAUCUCCUCGGCCAGUCUUCGUACCAUUGCAAAACAUUGUGUCUUCAAAUCAGAACGCGCAGAGUAGUAGAGCGUCGGAAAUAUCGCGUAAUUCGCGGCUACUAAGACGACGAAAGAGUUUGCGAGCAAAGAAGAACGACGAAGAGGCACAUCGCAAAGACGAUGAAAAGACACAUCGCAGGAACGAUGAGGAGGCACACCGCAAGGACGACGAAGAGGCAAAGAUCCCGCAAUCGGCGUUGACGAGCAAGCCAUUUGACGAUCCUCAGAGCGCCCACGAUUUCUUCGGUUUCAGCAAGGACGAUUAUAACUUUGAUGGCGAAAGCAACGAUGCAACGAAAGUUGCUGAGGAGAACGGCAAAACUGUGGAGGAAUCGGACGCGCUCGUUGCACUGGAACCGGCCGCUUAUCACUAUGAUGAUGAAAGUAUCGUGGAACAGACCGAUGAACCGGAAAAUAAUACGGAGAAAGCCAAAGUCAGGGAGUACCGGAACAAAGUGGCGACCUUGAGAGUAUCGGAACGGAGGCAAUUAAAGCCGAACGGGCCGAUCCACUAUGUGGACUUUAUACGCAAUAUCUGAUUGUAAUCUUAUGUAGAAAUAAUUCAAGUAAAUUAUUAAAUAUUCAGCAAUAUUCAGCGAAAUAUUGUUAAAUUGUUAAUUCGCGCAACUAAUAAGCCCUGUUUCUCGGUUCGGAAAAUUCGUCACAUAUAAUAUUUCAUCUGUAUAGCAUCUGUUGCUGACACAAAGUGUAUUUUCAAGUGUUGUAUUCAAUUUUAAUUUUAAUAAUUGUAUUCUGUCGUUCUCUUAAGAGCAACAUAAAAUAUAAUUAUAGAGAAGAAAAAAUAUAUAAUUGACUGUAAUAAAUUACCAAUAAUAUUAACAGCCUGUAGUGUACUACGUGUGGAAUACAAUCACACACACGAAUGCAUGCAAACAAGAAAAUAUCUUUUUUAUUAAAAAAAAAAUUUAAUUCAAUACUUCGAAUAUUCUACAUUUUAGAUUAAAUCAUUUAUUUAUAUUAUAACUCAUAGAACUUAUCAAUACUUUGAUAUAAUUCAUCAAACUUAUUUCGAUAUAAUUUUGAAAAUAAUUACAUUUUAUUUUACAAAUGCUUUUAAAAUAUUUCUCCG